AUGAAAGUGUUGCUGUUCUACAUUUUCGCCAAGUGUAACCUCGCACCGUGCGCUAAGUCUUCUAUACUGUUGAAACAGGAAAGGAUCCGCUAUGACGUAGGAAAACGGCUUUUGGCUGAAAAUUCGGCCGAGAAGUGUAAAGGGAGCCCGAAGAAAAUUGCCAUCUCAGGGACGAUAAUAACAAUGGGAGAACGCAAAGGAACAAAUUUAUAUUAUCCACCUGACUAUGAUCCUCGUGUUGGUGGACUCAAUAAAUUCCUUGGUACUCAUGCAUUACGUGAGAGAGCAAGGAAAUUACACAUGGGAAUCCUCAUAGUUAGAUUUGAAAUGCCAUAUAAUAUAUGGUGUGAUGGAUGUGGUAAUCAUAUAGGAAUGGGUGUUCGUUAUAAUGCAGAAAAAAAGAAAAUUGGAAUGUAUUAUAGUACACCUUUAUAUCAGUUUCGUAUGAAAUGUCAUUUGUGUGAAAAUCAUUUUGAAAUAAAGACUGAUCCAGCAAAUUUAGAUUAUGUAAUAGUGAGUGGAGCAAGACGUCAAGAAAAUCGAUGGGAUCCUAAAGAAAAUGAACAAGUAAUACCAGAAACAAAAGAAGUAUCCUGUAGACUAUAUGACGAUGCUAUGUAUAAGUUGGAACAUGGUGUAGAAGAUAAAAAAGUAGCAAAGUCAAGGGAAUCUUCUUUGGAAAGUGCAAUAGCAUUAAAUAAUGCUACAUGGAAGGAUGAUUAUACGUCAAAUUCUGUAUUACGCUCUGCAUUUAGAACACAGAAAAAAGAGUUACAAAAGAAACAAAGUCUGAAUUCAGUAUUGCUUAAAAAAAAUGGAUUGAAUAUUGAUUUAGUUAAUGAACAUGAAGAUGAUGUAAAAUUAGCUAAACUAUUGAUGCAUAAUAGAGAUAUGAAAAAGAAUGGUCAUAAUCCUUUGAAACGAUUAAUUACUAUUGUACGAUCUAGAGAUAAACUGAAAAGUUCUUCACAUUCUGUAUCAAGCAAUAUCUCUAGAAGCGAAACAAAUCAAAUGCAUGCACUUUGUAAGCUUACUCAACCAGAACCUUCAACGUCGAAAACGGUUACUAGCACAUUAAAUACAUUAGUGACUUAUGAUAGUUCUGAUACAGAUAAUGAUUUAUAGCAAUUUGUAUUUAUAAAAAUAUGUAUGUAUAUAUACAUAUGUGUAUAUAAUGACUAUAAUUUAUAAUGUUUGAUAUAUAAUAUGUAAUAUAUAAUGUUUAUAAAAUGGAAUAAAAUUGAG